AUGGUGGUGUCGAAGGCGAUUAUCCACCUGCAAGACAGCGACUUGCACGUCCGACUUGCCGCUCUGGACCUCCUCGUCCACGUGGCUCGCAGGGGAGACAGGACUGUCAUCCAAGCAAUCGUCGCUCAACUUAAUGGACACUGCAGAAAGGAUCCGACGAACCCAGGAGACGCUUCCUACCCUCACCCGAAGGUGCAUGGCCUCCACUACCGAUCCAUGCGCCCUGUUGAGCCGAGCUUCAAGCACUCGCCCGAGCUGCGGAUCGCGGGUAUUCAAGCACUGGCAGCCAUAGCUGAGGAGAAUGACCUUCGCACCACCAUCUGCAUAGCUGACAUCGCAGGAAACGAGACAGAUGAAAAGGUGAGAAGAGCGGCAAUCAAUGCGCUCGUUUCAUUCUCCAAGUUCGAGCUCGUGAGGGACAUCGAAGCCAAGGUUCUCUCUCCCCCCUCCUUGCUCCCCCUCAUCCUCUUCCAUCGUACUCACAAGCGCCCGCAGGUUCGCCAGAUGAAGCACAAACAGACCACAUAG